AUGUCUAAAAUUUUACAGCAAAAUCUCCAUGCAGCCAAAGAUGGUAUCUCUGAUCCGUUUUUAAACUAUGUAUUGGAUAGUAAAAUUGAAAUGAACUUGCGCCGUUUGAAGGAAACUAUCAUUGAAAAUCAACUGAAUUCAAAACAAUUUACAUCUUCAGCAACAAAUCUAAACUCAAAUAGACUUCAAGUAACUGACGCAAAGAGUAUAUCUGACUACCAAAGAAAUUUUAAUAAAUUAUCCUUUGAAAUUCAGAAGGAUAAAAAUGAAGUGUAUAAUCAAAUGCAAAAACAUUACGAAGCUCAACAAAAGAAUACGAAAACACGGAGAUAUAGUAUAGAUUUUGAUACCGCGAUUGAUUUGAAUGAAGUUAAGCCAGAAUUACUAACUGACUUAGACGAUAGCAUUCGUUACCGAGAAGAUAUGGUCAAUAUGUCAUCAGGUUCCUUUCCAAAUGAUACGGAUGGAAUGGCAGAACUAAGAAAGCGUUUAUUAGGUAAUAAAGAUCUAACUGACGGAAAUGGUAUUAAUAAUACAACGUUAGAUAAACAAAUUAAAGAUCAAGAUAAUAUUCAAAAUAACUUGGUCGAAGAUAUGACUAGGUUAGUUGGAGCUUUGAAACAGGGUGCAACUGCUUUUCAAAAUGCUUUAGAGGAAGAUACCAAUGUUCUUGGAGCAGCUGAACUAGGUGUUCAAGCAACACAAAGAGGUUUAGGUGAUAUUAGCACUAAGCUCUCAAGUUAUGAUAAGCAAAAAUUGGGUUACAUGUUUUUUAUCUUGACAUUGUUAUUCAUGUUUAUUGGUCUAAUAGUUGUCUAUAUAAUUAUUAAAAUAUUUCCAGCAUUGUAG